UCUAGGUGAGAAGGGAGAGGAAGGGAGGUAGGAGCUAGGAGCCAGCACUGGACAAGGCACCAAGGUGAAGGGUGAGCCUAUUGCAGUCCACUAUUUAGAGCAGGUUCAGCCAUGGCUGUGGACGUUGGGGAUCCCAAGAGUGGUUUCCGCCACUGCGAUGUGGUUGUGUUUAUCAAUGAAGAGGUGCUGAGGAAUGGUGGUGGCCGGAGCUUCUACCUGACCUUCCGUUCACGGCCCUGGAAGGAUAUAGAAGAUGGUCUGAAGUCUGUCGUGGCUGAUACCCGUGUACCACGCACCAUCAAGAGGGCCUGCGCCUGGAGUGCUCUCGCCCUGGGAGUGAGGGUGGCUAAGAGGCAACGAGAAAAGCAGUCACAACGUGUCCAGCAGCUGCACAAUCAAGUCGAAGAGCAGGAGGCAGCCACCUGGACUUUAGCCACAGACCUGCAACGGCUGCGUGAGGAGCGUGACGAAGUGGUCUCUGAGCUUCGCAGUGCGAGAGACAACCUGAAGCAAGUGCUACACGAGUGUGAUAUGCUACACAAGAGGCUGAUUGAGUUCGACCUGUCACAGCAACUUCUGGCUGAGUCGCAAGAUACUGAGUAUCUGGGUACUCUGCCGUGGCCUCUAAUUAUCAAAGAACAUAUAGAGCCUCUUGACACAGACUUGCAGAGUGGGCAAUAUGCAGUGACCCCGAAGAAAGACCAGAUGGUAUCCGUAACAGUUCUAGAAACUUUGCAUGAAGCUGAAGAAUUCUCAGCUUCCAGUGUGUGAAUCUUCAUGAAAUGCCCUUCAGCAGCAGCCUCCACCUCACUAAGACCUCAGCUAGCUGCUGACACAGAGAACAUAAGGAGAAGAACAUACAGGAACUAAGGAGAAGAAACUGGGUAUAUAUUCUAGAAAAACAAAAAGCAUACAGAUUCUGUUAGAACUUAAUCCACUGUCAUUGAGGCGUUCAAAGGGAUGCA